AUGCGUGCUAAUACAUCUUGUAAAAAUACAGUUUAUGACAUUUUAUAUGGAAACGUAACUUCAAAAGUAAUGGAAUAUGGAAAAAUAAAGGAAGAUGAAGCAGGACAAACAUUUGAAACAAUGACAAAAUUAAAAGUAAAAAGUUGUGGUUUAUUUAUCGAUAAAGAUAUUUCAUACUUGGCUGCUAGUCCUGAUGGUUUAAUAAUUGGUGAAAAUGCUAUAAUCGAAAUAAAGUUUUUAUUCAGUAAAAGACUAUUUACACAUUUGAGACCCUAUUGUAAAUAA